AUGAGUGAAAACAGUGAGUCUAGCAAAUUAAUACAACUAACAAAAACACAUUUGUUUCAGAAUCGUAUCAGAAGAAAUUAUCAGAUGUGAUAACAUUUACUCAUAUUUUUCGCUAUCCAACUUCUCAUGUUGCUUUUCAACGUUCAUCUCUUUUUUCAACAAUUUAUAAAACAUCGCUAAUUAAUUGGGAAUGUCAAAUCGAAAAAGUUAUGCAUGGAUUUAUUCCACUUUUUGUUCCACGAACUGAACCACAAAAAUUUCAAAUUGUUUUGACACAAGCUGGAAUGCGAGAUAAAUAUCCGCCAAUUCAAAGAGUUGCUUUUCAAAUGAAAAUUUUGGAUUCGCCGAAUGAAGACGAGAAAGAGAAUACUAAAAUUUAUACGUAUGAAACUUGUCAACCUGAUCCAGAAGAUAUGAUUUUUCGAAGAAAUUUCCGAACUCCUGAAGAUUCCGAAUUCUCAAAAAUGAUAAGUUUGGCUUUGACAGAUAUUCAAUAUCGAGGAAAGUAUAUUGAAAUUGCGAUUGCUUUGGAGUUUGAUACAAAAUCUUUCUGUAAUGUCGAUAAUUUUACCGAUGGACAAGCUGUUCCACUUCCAUUGGAGCUGGGUUUCAAAUUCAAUAGUCUUAAAAACAGGUCAGCUUAAAAAGCCUGAGUAAGACUUGGGCUUUAUGCCCGAUUUCAAAUAAGUUUUUUCCAGUAACUGUCACGAUUUCGAACUCCGAACCAUUGAUGGAAUUGCAUUUCGAACAAGAAAAGAGCUACUUUUCAUAUCUUCUCGGUUUUUUCGAACACAUCUAACCUCUAGCAAAAACUUCCACGUUCUUGAUGUUCAAAAUCCUGAGGCGAUUGAAAUUGUGAGUUUAUUUAACACUACAUAUUUUUUGGUUUGACAAAAAAGGUUUAUUUGCAGGCAGUAACAUAUCUUUUCACUUGUCGAUACAAAGUUCCUGAAAAAAUGACACCAAAACUUGCCAACGAAAUUCUGAGUCUUGCGUGUCUUUUUGCUGUCAAAAGAAUUAGUAUGCUUCGAAGAAGUGUUGAGAGACAAUGUUAUGAAGAAAUUCAGAAGGUGAAUAUGAAAAAAAUCGAAAAUAAUUUCAAAAAGUUUGUUUUUAGAACUACGAAAAUCUCGAAUUCAUAGUUGAAAUGUUGAUUUCUUCGAAAGAUGUUAGUAUGGAUAAUGUGAAAAAUAGUUGUGUUGCAACAAUUAUCAAUUAUCAUUUGAGAGAAUUUGAUGGAUUGGUUCAAGUGAGUUUUUGUAUACGGUAA